CGAGCUGCCUUACAUUCCACGUUUCUCUCUCUUUCUCUCUCUAACAGAGAGCAGUAUUUAGGGGCCUCUGUUCCUGCCACAUGCGUUUUUUUUUUCCUUGACAUCUUCCCUUUGAAAAUUGCAGCUUUUGAGUUUAAAUCGCGUCUCUUCGUUUUUUGUCAAGUUUCUAUCUUCUCCUGUCCCCAGAUUUUCUCCUCCCUCAACUUUCCCACAGCUUCGACCAAAAAAAAAAAAAAUUUCCCACAGCUUCUCGUUUCGAACUUUUCGCUCAAAUAUCUCUGUAUUCACUGAAUCUCAAAUCCCCUGUUUCGUCUCUCUCGCUCUCUGCUUGGUUGAUAUAUAAACGGCAUACCGUGGGUGGUUUUAGCACCUACCCUUCGGGAGUUUUCGCGUCCUCAGGAUUUUUAAGUUGCUUACUUUUGGGCUCUUCGAUUCUUGAAGAAUUUGAAUCUCUCUUUUUCAUCUGUGGGCGCUGUGGGCGAUUAGCAGUUUCAAGAAAUGGAGAACUUGGCCGGGUUUGGGAAGGAAGAUGAUCAAAUCGAGUUGCCACCGGGGUUCAGGUUCCACCCGACUGAUGAAGAGCUCAUCACCCAUUACCUGCAGAAGAAGGUGAUGGACACCGGCUUCUCCGCUAAAGCUAUCGGAGAAGUGGAUUUGAACAAGUCUGAGCCCUGGGAAUUGCCUUGGAAGGCGAAGAUGGGGGAGAAGGAGUGGUAUUUCUUCUGUGUGAGGGAUAGAAAGUACCCAACUGGUUUAAGGACCAACAGAGCCACGGAAGCUGGUUAUUGGAAGGCGACGGGAAAAGACAAAGAGAUUUACAGGGGAAAAUCUCUGGUUGGUAUGAAGAAGACCUUGGUUUUCUACAGAGGGAGGGCUCCAAAGGGCGAGAAGACGAAUUGGGUCAUGCAUGAAUACAGAUUAGAGGGGAAACUCUCUCUGAAUAAUCUCCCCAAGACUUCGAAGAACGAGUGGGUCAUUUGCAGGGUCUUCCAAAAGAGCUCCGGUGGGAAGAAAAUCCAUAUCUCGGGCCUCGUGAGGACGGAGUCUCUCGAGAACGAAAUGAGCUCCGGCUUGCCGCCAUUAACGGAUUCUUCUCCGCAAGAUUCGAAGACGACAACGUUCAACCUCGGAUCAGCUUACGUGCCCUGCUUCUCCAGCCCCACGAAAUUCGAAAAGAACAAGGAAAACAUGAACAGUUACUUCAACAAUCCUCUGUUUCCCAAUUCUUCGAAUCCCAUGAAUCCGAUUCCCAAAAUCUCGCUCUUGAGCACACUAUACCCUGCUCAGCCCAUCCCCGUACCACCGAAUUUCCAAUACCUGGGCCCUGCCUUCGUGCCGGAGCACUCCGUCCUCAGGGCUCUGCUCGAGAACCACCACGGAUUGAGCAUGAGGCAGAGCAUGAGAGCAGAGAGGGAAGCGAUCAGCGCCUCGCAAGAGACGGGGCUCGCCAACGACGCGAACACCGAGAUCUCCUCCGUCAUGCAGAGCUUCGGAAUGGGGAGGAGGCAGUUCGAGGAUCAACAAGCUCCAUCAACCUCGGCUGGACCAAUGGACGUGGACGUCCUCUGGAACUAUUCAAGUUAGAAAAAAAAAUUAUAAUUCGUGCUCGUUCCUAAGCAAAUAUACAGAUUGGUCAUUAGGAGAGGCUUGGGGUCAUUUCUUCUUAUUCGUCAUAAAAGAAGAUUAUGGGUGAGCGUGGGCCUGUUGUAUAGAUUUUCUAAAUCCCAAGGAGUGAUUGAAAGAAAGUGAAGCAUGUUCUGUAUGAUGUCGUUAUGCAUUUGUAAGGAGAUUUUUAGCGCAAUUUGUGAUUGCCCACAAUGAAUAUUUUAUGGAGUGUUUGAUGUUCUGUUAGCA